AACAGUGGCCUAAUCAACCUGAAAGGCAAGAGGAAAGAAGCUUCUCUGAUUGGCCUCCACCUCUCACAGGUCACAGCCUACACAGAAGCACAUAAUCCCUGUCAGCUCGUCCUCCCGGGCAGAGGUGACAGCCUCCGGGAGAGAGAAGAUGCCCAGAUACACGGUCCACGUCCGGGGUGAGUGGCUGGCCGUGCCCUGCCGGGGCGAAGGCCUCACGGUGCUGUGGCUGGGCCGGGAAGCCCUGAGGAGGUACAUGAAGAACAAGCCCGACAACGGAGGCUUUGCCUCGGUGGAUGAUGUGAAGUUCUACGUGAGGAGAUGUAAGGGGCUGGGCCUGCUGGACCACGACGACCUGCUCGAAGUCGCCUUGGAGGACAACGAGUUUGUGGAAGUCGUGAUAGAAGGUGAUGUGAUGUCUCCAGACUUCAUUCCGUCUCAGCCCGAAGGAUUUUAUCUAUACAGCAAAUACCGGGAACCGGACAAGUAUAUCGCCUUAGAUGGAGACAGUCUGACAACUGAGGAUUUGGUCAAUUUAGGAAAAGGACUCUACAAAAUCAAGCUUACUCCAGAGGCUGAGAAGAGAGUGCAAGACUCCAGAGAGGUUAUCGAAAGUAUCGUGAGAGAGAAAACUGUUGUCUAUGGAAUCACUACUGGAUUUGGAAAAUUUGCCAAUACUGUCAUCCCCCCUGAUAAGCUAAAGGAACUCCAGUUCAAUUUAGUGCGUUCCCAUUCCUCAGGUGUUGGGAAACCACUGAUCCCAGAGAGAUGCCGGAUGCUUAUGGCUUUGAGAAUCAAUGUCUUAGCCAAAGGAUACAGUGGAAUUUCCCUGGAAACUCUCAAACAAGUUAUUGAAAUGUUUAAUGCAUCCUGCCUGCCCUACGUUCCAGAGAAAGGAACAGUCGGAGCUAGUGGGGACCUGGCCCCCCUUUCUCACCUUGCACUGGGACUUAUAGGAGAAGGGAAGAUGUGGUCUCCCAAGAGUGGCUGGGCUGACGCCAAAUAUGUCCUGGAAGCCCAUGGAUUGAAACCAGUUACUUUGAAGCCCAAAGAGGGUCUGGCCCUCAUCAACGGGACCCAAAUGAUCACAUCCUUGGGCUGUGAAGCCGUGGAAAGAGCGAGUGCCAUCGCGAGACAGGCUGACAUUGUGGCUGCUUUGACCUUGGAGGUGCUGAAGGGCACCACCAAAGCCUUCGAUACAGACAUCCAUGCUGUGCGCCCUCACCGUGGGCAGAUUGAAGUCGCCUUCCGAUUUCGGUCCCUCUUGGAUUCUGACCACCAUCCAUCAGAAAUAGCAGAAAGCCACAGAUUUUGUUCCCGAGUACAGGAUGCCUACACGUUGCGCUGCUGUCCACAGGUCCACGGUGUGGUAAACGACACAAUAGCUUUUGUGAAGGAUAUCAUCCUGACCGAGAUUAACAGUGCAACAGACAACCCUAUGGUUUUUGCCAAGAGAGGAGAGACUAUUUCUGGGGGAAAUUUCCAUGGUGAAUACCCAGCAAAAGCUCUGGACUACUUGGCCAUAGCUGUCCACGAACUUGCAGCCAUCAGUGAGCGGAGAAUUGAAAGACUGUGCAAUCCAUCACUCAGUGAGUUACCUGCUUUCCUGGUGGCUGAAGGGGGCCUGAAUUCUGGCUUCAUGAUUGCUCACUGCACAGCAGCAGCUCUGGUUUCGGAGAGUAAAGCCCUGUGCCAUCCCUCCUCUGUGGAUUCCCUCUCAACCAGUGCCGCUACCGAAGACCACGUGUCCAUGGGAGGGUGGGCUUCGAGAAAAGCCCUCCGAGUCAUCGAGCAUGUGGAACAAGUGUUAGCCAUUGAGCUCCUCGCCGCCUGUCAGGGCAUCGAGUUUCUACGCCCCCUGAAAACAACCACUCCAUUGGAGAAGGUCUAUGACCUUGUGCGUUCUGUUGUAAGACCUUGGAUAAAAGAUCGUUUCAUGGCCCCAGACAUCGAAGCAGCUCAUCGUUUGCUUGUGGAUCAAAAGGUUUGGGAAGUUGCUGUGCCUUAUAUUGAAAAGUACAGAACAGAGCAGAAUCAAGAACUCUUCCAAGAAUCCAGGCCUAUCUCUCCCACUGCAUUCUCAUUGGGCUCAUUGCAUAAGAAAACAGAUGACAAACACACUCAUCUUGAAUCUGAAGAUCUGUAAGAGAUCAGGUUCUCACCAUGGAUCAAGCAGAUCACAAACCAAUACUAUUCUUUCUCUCAUAUCUAUCUAAUCUAUUUGUUGUCAGACUGGCUAUGUGGUUCAAACACACAUGGAAGUCAGGGAAAUUUCUAAUUAGAAUGAUAACUGUAGAUGGACACUGUCCUUCAAGAACAUGUAAUUUUUAUCCCUGAUAAAAAUCUCUUAGGAUCAUAGAUUUAAAGCUAGAAGGGCCCUUGAAUCCAACCACCUCAUUUUUACAGUUGAGGAAACUGAAGCAUGGAGAAGAUAAGAGACUUUCCCAGCACCAUAUAGUGUCUGAGGCAGAAUUUGAAGUCAGGUCUUCUUGACUCUAAGCCCAUCAUUUCAGUCACUGCACAAUAUAGCUGCCUAAAAAUCAUAAGGUCUCUACAAGUCUUGAAGACCAGUCCAAAUACUAAGUUCAGAAAAGAAUCGACCUUGAGAAGGGGGUAAGAUGGGGAACGAAUUGGAAAAUUUUGAUUGGUCUACCUAAAUUGCUCAAGUUCCUGGGAUAUUUGUUCAAUUUUCCCUUAACUUUAUGUCUUGUUGAUUUGAAGUAAAUUUCACAAAUAUAUUCUAUUCUAAUGAAAAAAUAGUCAGUACUUAAUUCUUAACAUUGGGAAAGAGUUUACCUCUCAAAACUUAAAUAAUAACAAAGGUUAGAGAGCAGAUCCCUUUUCUAAUCUUAGCAAAUAUUGAGUGAGUUCAAGUCUGAAAUAACUAAGCUUUAUCAAUUACUGAACAAUUACUAAGCACCAGCUAUGUUCCAGACAGGGUUAGGCAUUGGGGAAUAAAAAAAUCUCAUUUGACUUAGUUAGAAACAGAAGACAAUGAAGGAAGAAAGCGGGCUGAAAUAUGGAAGGAGGACAAAUGCAUUAAGUCAGAGAUAAGAGGGAUAAGGAAUCCAUUCCUGGAAUGAGGGACUGAUUAAAAUGAAGUUUUAUGAGAACAAAAAAAAAGUUUUUUAUAGAGCCUUGCCUUAACCUCACACUGUUAUAAUGAACUGUUUUCUAGUAAUAGCUCAUAACUAAAGAGUAAUGUGAAAUUUAAACCUACAUACGAGGUGAAGAAUACCAAGUGUUAUUACCCUCAUUUUAACAGAUGAAAACAAAUGGGUUUAGAAACCUCAAAUGAUUUAUGCAGGGUGAUCCAACUAGUAUCAGAGUCCAGAUUAAAACACUUGUCUUUUGACUCUAAGAACAUUGUUCUUUUAUGAGCACACAGAGCCUUGAAAUUAUGUUUUAUUGAUGACUUUUGCCAUUAAAUCACAGUGAUCACCUACUUUGUUCCUCUUUUUUGGUCCAAAAAGAAAUAAUUAAGCAAGAAUAUUUGAAAAAGAGACCAUUCUGACAAAAUUCCUCCCCAGUAGUCAUCUGUUUCUCCGUAAUGAGGGAAAGAAAUAUAUUCCAUUAUCUCUUCCCUGAUUUUUAUAAUCCUCAGAGUAGUUGAACUUGCUUUCAGAGCACAUUACAUGAUGAUGAUGAUGAUGAUGAAGGUUGACAAUUCACUAAAAUUUAUUAAAUUAUAACACCUACCAUGUGCCAUGCCUGGCACAUGUCUUAAGUGCUGAGGAUGAAAAGAAAGGAAGAAGACAAGGAUUCAUAAUCUAAUAGGGAGAUAGCAUGCAAGCAACUAAGCACAAACAAGUUAUAAACAGGAUAAAGUGGAGACAAUUGACAGAAGGAAAGCACUAACAUUAUGGAGGAUUGGUAAUGGCUUUUUGCAGAAGACAGGACUUUAGCAGAAGCUUGAAGGAAGGCAGGAGUUGGGGGGGAGGAGGAAGAGGAUUUCAGGAAAUGGGGGCAACAUGUAAAAAGACAUAGAGUCGAGAAAUGCAGUGUGUCAGGAACAUCAAAAGGGUCAGUACCAUUGGAUUUGUCUGGGGUAGGAUCAGUGAAAGUGAUAGAUUGGAAAGGGAGUUAGAGGUCAAGUUAGGGAGGACCCUAAAAUCCAAACCAAGAGUUUUAUGUUUGAUCAUAGAGUCAUUAGAAUUGGGGGAUGUUUUGGGGGGAGAUGAUGAGACCCACUAUGAGGAAUCAUUAGAGAUUGGGAGAUGGGAUGACAUGGGCAGACCUGCAUUUUAGGCAGAUCACUUUGGCAGCUGGGAGUGGAGAGGUCUGAAGCAAAAACACAAGAAGCAGAUAAUUAAAAUACUCCAGGGGUGAGAUAUUGAGGACCAGUACCCGGAUGGUAUCAGUGUCAGAGGAGAUAAGGGCAUCAAUAUGUGAAGGGUUACCAAGGAACAGGCAACUCAUUUCAUAUCAGGAGUUAGAGGGAGAGAAUAAUUAAAGCCACUAGAUCUUAUGUGUGCCUCAGUUUCCACAUCUGUACAAUGAACUGAAGAAGGAAAUGGCAAAUUACUGCAGUAUCUUUGCCCCUUAAAUGGGGAUCACAGAGAGUUGGACACAACUGAAAUAACUCAACAAAAACUGGGAGGAUGGUGGUACCUUCUACAAUACCAGAGAAAUUAGGUAGGGGGGAGGAGGGAGAGGGAAAAUAAUGAGUUUAGUUUUGGGCGUGGAGUUUAAGAUGUCUAUGGAGCAUUCAGACUGAGAUGUCCAAUAGGCAAUUAUGUGAUGUGAGACCAGAGGUCAGGUGAGAGUUAGGGCGGGACAAAAAUCUGAGUCAUCUCCAUAGAGAUGAUGGUUGAACCAUUGGAGCUUAUGAGAUCACCAAGGAAAGAGCGAGAGCCAGAGUGAGAGCAAGAGCGAGAAGAGAAGAGGUUUGAGCCUUGGGGGACACCAAAGUUAAUGGGCAUGACUCGGGUGAAGAUCCAGAAAAGGAAUAUAGG